ACAGCCAAGGACUAACUCACCAGAGUAUUAUACAGAAUGGCGCGAUUCCGAAUCCAUUAAAGUUCACCGAUUACUCAGACUUAAUUGCUUUUGUUUACUAUAAUUCUAUGUUCCCGUUUAGCUUACAAUUCACUCGUAAUUUUUACAAACCAAGUGUUUUUUUUCAUGUUUCUUCAACCUUUUAACAAGGAUGAUUAUUCUGUAUAUUUUCUCUUUAAUAAAUUCAAGGGUCAAACAGCUUCGGAAACUGAAUACUUUGAUCGGAUCAAUAGCGAUUUGGGGAGUGAUGCUGAUUCUUCAUCUUGUCCAGAUGAAGUAGAGUCCCCAUCUCAACCUCGUGAAAAUGAACUACGAAACUGGCAACACUCAAAUUCCGUGCUAGAUGUGAAUCCAGACGCAGCUGAGAAAUUUCACACAGUUAAUAAAAAACAAGUAUCAGGCCGAUCUGAUUAUCAUUCUUGCAUUAGUGAGCAUUAUUGUCCAGAAUGUUCUUCACAUCUUAAUGUUUUUCUAUCACCAACCACUGAUUCAGGACAAAUGAAUAGUUUCGACGAUCUCAAAGGUGUCAUGAAUAAUCAAAAGCCUACUGAAUCUCAUGAAUUGUAUGAAUCACUACAAUCUGUAAAUGCCAAUGGGAAAAAUGAAUCUUUAUCGAAUGUUUAUGAAGAAAUUCUACAUUCAACAGACUUUGAAGUAAAGGAAAAACUGCUAGAUAACCAAAUGACCAAGAAAAAUCUUAGUAAUAUUCAAAUUAAUUCUCAUUUAAACCUCGUAUCUGAAUGAUUUAUACGGAAUAUAAUUCACUUAUUGUUGAGAAAUGAAAGAGUUUGUCAAUGAGAAAUAUUCACAACAAUCGUUUUUCCAAGAAAACAGACCACGAUGUAGCAACAAAAACUCAAUCAGUUAACCAUAUUCAGGUUGGAAAUUAGCACGUUUCAAUUAUCUGCAAUAAAUUAGUAAAUUCUAUACUUUAUUGCCUAAUAUUACAUUGACGUUAUAGUGAUUUACUAUUUUAUCACAAUCAAAUUGUAUUCGUAACACUUUCUUGUAACUGUAGUUUCAUUUUGAUUUUGAUAAUUAUUCAACUAUUUUCAAUUUAGUGGCAGUAU